CUAAAUUAAAAUAUUUUAUGAGAUAUAUAAUUUAAAAAAUUGGAACAAUUUACUCAAGACCGAGGAAGUGAUUUUUUUUCUUGAUGUUUCACCCAAUUUGGGUUGCCAAUGGGUAUAUACUCCGUAAUUUUUAAGUAUAUAAAAUUUAUUUUAUAAAAAUAAUGAGUAUAAAAUUUGAAAAAUAUAGGGAGUAAUAAUAAUUUCAUUUCUGUCAAUUCUUUUUAUUCAAUCCAUUUCUCCCAAUUAUUUUCAAAUUUAUUUGAUUUCUUUGAAAUUUUUUCAAAUAACUUUUCUUCAUGUUUUUCAUUACUCAAAAAAUUGAUCCCUUAUUGGUGAUGUGGACGGUACUCAACUUUCCUGGCUUGAUAAACUGUAGAAGAUUGAAGCAAUUUCAUGGCGCCUCUGACACCUGGCGAGCUCACCCCCUUUUUCCGCCACGAAUGCCGCACACUCUCGUUCUCCUCCGCAUCUUCUUUGUCUCUAAUUCCCGAUGAAAGCACACAAUCUGAUUUUUCCCCGCCGGAGAAAAUGCACAGUUCCGGCAUCCUGAAAUUCCAGGUUUCCCUAAUUCUUCUGAUUCUUUGCAAUGCUUCAAAUGCAGAAGAAGCCGCAGGCAUUUUCUCGAAUUCGAUCCAUCAAUUCCCGACCCAAUCUGGAGAAGGGAAUUUCACGGUGGAAGCUCCGGUGGUGGUCGCCGGAAUCCUAUCUUUCAUAGCCGCCACAAUUUCCAGCGCCGGAGGAAUCGGCGGCGGGGGUUUAUACAUCCCGAUUCUCACAAUCGUCGCCGGAUUAGACCUUAAAACCGCAUCGGGUUUCUCGGCGUUCAUGGUAACGGGAGGAAUAGUGUCAAACGUUGUCUGUAACUUCUUUAUGCAGAGAGGGGGGAAGGUUCUCGUAGAUUUAGACAUAGCUUUGCUGUCGGAGCCGUCGAUGUUGUUGGGAGUGAGCAUUGGAGUGAUUUGCAAUGGGGUUUUCCCAGAAUGGCUCAUCACUGUUCUCUUCGCUGUGUUUCUUGUCUGGUCAACUUUCAGCACUUGCAGGUCUGGGAUUUUGUACUGGAAAUUGGAGACAGAGACAAGAAAUGGAGACUCAGAAAUGGAGACUGCUUUGGUGGUGGAUAAAGAAGAGAGGUCCUGUGAAGAAAAUGGCUUGUGCUGCAGGGUGGAUGGGAGCCGCCAUGGAAUGAAGCUUGGAAUGUUACUUAUGAUCUGGUUGUGCUUCUUCGCCCUCCAUCUUUUCCGCGGGAACCGAUAUGGACACGGGAUUGUUCAGAUAGAAGCUUGUGGAGUGGUGUAUUGGAUCAUCUCAGCAAUUCAUAUACCUCUUGCUGUGAGUUUGACAGCAUGGAUCUUGUUUAACAACCAAAGAUGGCAGACUUCAUUUUCCCAAGACCAGGAAGAAGAGAAAGAAAGUAGGCAAGGACCAAACAAGUUCCUUUUCCCAGUGAUGGCCCUAAUGGCAGGGGUUUUGGGAGGAGUGUUUGGAGUUGGAGGUGGAAUGCUCAUCAGUCCCCUUCUCAUUCAACUCGGAAUACCGCCUCAAGUAUCAUUUCCCUCCAAUUACACCGCUUCUUCGUUUGAUAAAAGCCCCAUUUUCCCUACUUUUAACCGCUUUCCUUGAACGCCAGAUCACAUCCGCAACCUGCUCGUUCAUGGUGCUGUUCUCCUCUACCAUGUCAGUGGUUCAGUAUAUGCUACUGGGAAUGGACCACACAGGAAGCGCCGUGGUCUUUGCGACCAUUUGCUUCGUCGCUUCCAUCAUCGGGCUCGUGGUAGUGCAGAGGGCCAUAGAGAAGCACGGGAGAGCAUCGAUCAUCGUUUUCUCCGUGGGAACGGUUAUGGCUUUGAGUACUGUCCUGAUGACAAGUCUUGGAGCUGUUAGAGUGUGGAAGGAUUACACAAGUGGGAGAUAUAUGGGGUUCAAGCUUCCAUGCUAAUCAAAUGUGUGUAAAUGUCUGGAGUCUGUAUUGGGUGGGGUGUGCCCCAUAUGUUCUCCAAGAAAACCAUAGAGUUCUUUGAAAUUUUUAGAAUAAAUGAACAAUAGACUAUGAUGGUUUUGUUAGGUUCAACUGUCUGUACUUUGUAGUUGUCUUUGCUACAGUUAGGACACCUAUUGAAAAAACAAAAUUUUAAGAAAGGAGAUUGUCUUCCAACUAGAGGGUUUAUCUAUACAUGAGAGCUUGGUGCUAAGGUUGGUAUUGUUGAAAUUUUUGGCUCGUAACGGAACAACAUC